AUGAAUUAUGCAAAUCCAUUAUCGUUGUCAAUUCAUGGAAGUUUUCUUAAUCAAAAAGAAAAUCCAAGUAUUUUAACUAGCUUCCUAUCUCAAAAUUAAUCAGUCAGAUCAACUUAAUCAAUACCUACUAAGUUGAGUUAUAUAUCACAAAAUAAGUCAAAGAAAAAAGAACUUGUAUCUCCAAGAUCAAAGAUUGUUACUUUACAUGAAGAUAGAAAAUCUGAAAAGAGAACUAUAGAAAGAGUUAAAUAUGUUUCAGAACACUCUAAUACACCUUAUUUAUACAUUUCAAAAAAACAUCCUUAAAUUAACAUUUCCAUGUUUCCUAAACUUUCACCUGAACCUAAAAUAUAAGUUAAUAGAAUGCCUUAUAUCAACAUAAUGACAGAACCAACAGCUGCUAUUGAAGAACAUAAUGAUGAAGGAAGAAGUAAUGGGGAAAAAAGUAUUGAAGAUAAGUAAAUGAGUUUGAAUAAAUCCAAUAAUUUACUUCAAACUUCUAUUAUUUCCAACAAUUAAGAAGAAUAACUAUCAUCCAGCAAAUUAUCUCUCAAAUCGCGUUUUAAACAAGCAGUCUAAAAAUCCUUUCGCUCUCCUCCUAGGAAAGUAUUAUUUUAUAUAAUUAGUCUAUUUUUACUCUUCUAAUAUCUCAUGAAUUUAAUACAUUUCAUCAAAAUGAGAGAAAAACCAUCCAAAACAAAUUUGAACCAGGAAAUUAAGUAUUAGGUUCCAAAAUUAUUACCAUGAAAAAAAAUGAUUACAGAAAUCUUUGUAUCUAUAACAGACUAAUUACCAGAUAAUCACGCUUUGCUAAUGUUGAAUAAUUUACUAUCUCUUCUUAAGCAUUCUAAAGGAAAAUUAAUUUAAUUCAUAGUACAAAUUCUAGAAAUUUAAUUUAAACUGAAUCUUUUUCUUUACUUCCAAAAUCCUCAAGAAAAUCUGCUAUUAGCAUUAUUUAAAAUUUAUAAACUAACUUUUUACAUGGAAUUUCUGAUAAGAAAUAAUCUAAAAUUGAAUAAUAAGAAGGAGUAGAAAAAUAACUAUUACAUGAUAAUAAAGAAUUUUAAAGAGUUUAAAUUAAUUUAACUGUAACUUUUGAAAAUGAAGAUAAAACAGUCUAUUAAUUCAAUAAACCAAAAUAUAUAUAUUAAUAAAAUAACAUCUUAAUCGAAGAUUUAUCAUAACUUUAACAAUUUUCACCAAAAUUAACUCCAAAAAUUGUUCCUUUAUCUUUACAACCAUCUACAAAUUAGAUUUAACUUGCAUCUACUAAAAAAUUAGAUUACAAUUCUUCUUUUAUUAAUUUAAGAACAAAAAGAUUAUCCAGAUUAUCUGUUUAAUAAGGAGUAACAUAGGAAGAAGUUCUAAAAUUUGAAUAAAAAAACGAAUUUAAUAAAGUAAUUUUUUUUUUUAUUAUUUUUAUUAUAGCCUGGCUUAUAUUUCAGAGUUUAUUAUUAAAAUAAAUUGUAUAAAUUGAUGUAGAAAUCUAAUUUUACAAAACAAAAUUUAGAAGAAAUAGAAUAAAAUUUUAGACCUAAAUUUGCCUAACCUACUAAUAAUACUAUAAUGACAAAUGCUUAUACAAUGAUGUCAACUACAGAAUAAGGAAUAAGAUAAAGAAAGAUUACUAAUGAAUCUAUAACAGAUAAAAUUUAAUUUUUAGGAAUUAAAUUAUCAAAAUAUUAAAUAGAAUCUGAAAGAUUUAUUUUUGAUUAUAAUGAUGAAACAUCUUAAGAUGGCACAGAUUCAAGUGAAGAUUCAGAUUAAGAAGUUUCUUUAGAUAAAUAUUUAGAAAGUCCUUUAUAUUCAAAUAGUAAUAAUUAUUAUUAAUUAUAGCUAGAACCAUUAGAUAAAAAGAAAAAGAUUUCUAAAAGAUAAAAAACUCUUUUAGAAAUUUCAAAUUAAUAGUAAAACUAAGCUUAAUUUUUCAAUGAUUAACAUACAGAUUAAAAAUGUAAAUCUAAAUAAAAUUAUAGAAUUAUCAACUGGAACAUUAGUUUUAAUAAAGAAAAUUCGCAAAGCCUUUCAAAUACCAUUAUUUAUUUAACCAAUCAUAAAUAUAUUAGAACCUUCUACAAAAAAUAAGUUGUUAACAUAUCAUGUUAAAUUUUGUGAAGAAUUUAAAAUGGAUUUAAUAGAGGAUAAACUUUAAAUUGUUUUAAAAGAACUGAGAAAAUAUUAGAAAAACCCAAAACUACAUUCAAUGAUACUUUCAGCAAUUGAGAUGAGAUAUUCUUAAAUUCUAAUUGGAAGGUAUAACAAUUAAACUAGAAUGAUUGAUGUUGAACAUUAAGAUCCAGUAUUCUAAGUUCCAAUAUUAGAAAAAUAGGAUUAAUAAUAAUCUUAUCACAUUCCAUAAUAAGUAGUUUAAGUUAAAAACUAAAAUAAAUUUGUUCAAAAAGAAUCAGUAAAAGACUCAUUUAAUAAAAAACCUUAAACGAUAGUAAAGAGUAAAUAAUAAUCUUAAAGAUAUCUUACUAAAUAAGAUUCUCUUUAAGUUAAUUUACCAUAAUAAUAAUGGAAUAGAAGAGCUAUGUAAUCUGGAGAGCUAUCAAAUACAUUGCAAUAGUCAAAUCAAUAAAAUUCAAAUUUUUUUACAUAAACAUCUACUGUUUUAAUAACUAAGCCUACAUAAACAUCUUAAUAAUCUGUAUUUAGAGUGAUGAGUUCAAAACAUAUUGAUUUAAAUAGUUCUUAGUAAGAUAUGAGUUCUUCAUUCCAUUCUUCAUAAAAUGAAGAGACUCCAUAAUCUGGUUAGGUUUAAAAGACUCAAUAAAUAUAGACAUAGUAGCAAUAAAUAUUAUAACCAUAAAUAUAGGAUUAAAUAUUCUCAGGUCGAAAAUUAUAUAGUCGGAAUGAGGAUUCUUAAUAAGAUAUAAAUGAGUAAUGUAAUUUUCACCUUAGAGGUGGUAAUAUGGUAUAGAAUUUACAUAAUAUAAGAAUUGUUUAAGUAUGUAUAUGAAUUCAUUAAGAAUGAGAACUCACAUUAGGGAAUCUUCAAGAAGAUAAAAAUUAGAUUAAAUUUAAUAAAUUAAAUUAUCUAUAUAUGAUCAUAAUUAUACAGAAGUAAAUUUAUUAAUUAAGAUUAAUAAUAGUUUAUUGAUAAUAUAUAGUUGAUUCCAGAAAUGAAAUUAGAUACUACUUUUUAAAAUGGAAAUACUUUUCUUAUUAUAGCAGCUUAAUGUGGAUGCAUUGAAAUUGUUCAUGAGUUAAUAAAGAGAGGUGCAGAUAUCAAUAUAAAAAAUGUAUGGUAUUACUAAAGAAGGAUGAUGGCAAUACAGCAGUUCAUUUAGCCUUGGCAUAUGGUCAUUACAAGAUUGCAGAUAUGUUAAUGGAAGCCGGAGGAAGUACUCACAUUUUAAACAAAAAAGGAUAAAAUGCUUGGGGUAUGUUAUGA